UCAAGAAAUCAAACCCAUGCCUGGUCGGAGAGCCGGAGAGGAGUUAAACCAACUUCGCCCUUCAAAUUUUUAGUUUUGAAAAUACUCACUACAUUUUCCUUGCUUUUGCUCCCGGCUUCUCCCGCAAAACUCACUUAUCUUCUUGCAAUUUUCGACAUGAAUUUACUGGAGAAGAUAAAGAUGCCCAAGAAAGAUGCGGCGGGUACUAAUCUUUCGCCGCCGGACACUUCUGUGUUUUGGAUUGAGACAUCCAAUACUGUGUCUCGCUGCUUCCAGUUCGAGCCCGAUGGUCAACUAUCUGUAAAGAUAGUUGAUGACUCAAGACCUGUUGCACAGAAAAUUGUUGAAUCUUUUGUAAACAAAUUUUUCCCGUCAGGGUAUCCAUAUAGUGUGAAUGAGGGCUAUCUUAGAUACACACAGUUUCGAGCAUUGCAACAUUUCUCUAGUGCAGCAUUGUCUGUACUGUCAACUCAGUCCUUACUAUUUGCUGCAGGCUUAAGACCUACCCCUGCACAAGCAACUGCUGUGAGUUGGAUACUAAAAGAUGGGAUGCAGCAUGUGGGAAAGAUUAUAUGUAGCAACUUAGGUGCAAGAAUGGACUCUGAGCCUAAACGUUGGCGAAUUUUAGCUGAUGUUCUUUAUGACCUCGGCACUGGUUUAGAAGUUUUAUCUCCUUUGUGUCCUCACCUGUUUCUUGAGAUGGCUGGCCUUGGCAAUUUUGCAAAGGGAAUGGCAGUUGUUGCAGCAAGAGCAACAAGGUUACCAAUAUAUUCAUCAUUUGCCAAAGAAGGCAACCUUAGUGACCUUUUUGCAAAAGGUGAAGCCAUAUCCACACUUUUUAAUGUUCUUGGAAUUGGGGCUGGAAUUCAAUUAGCAUCUACUAUUUGUUCAUCAAUGCAAGGAAAGAUGGUUGUUGGACCUUUACUUGCUGCUGUACAUAUCUACAGUGUUACAGAAGAAAUGAAAGCUACUCCUGUCAACACAUUAAACCCACAGCGUACUGCAUUGAUUGUGAAAACAUUUGUGAAGACAGGAAAAAUAUCUAGCCCAGCUGACUUAAGAUAUCAAGAAGACCUCCUAUUUCCUGGACGACUAAUAGAGGAUGCUGGAAAUGUUAAGGUGGGAAGAGCUCUGAGUAGUGUUGUUCGACCAUCAGACCUACACCGCUUUAAAGAAGUUUUGCCCGAAGAAAAAUUUAUCUUAUGCCGCGGACCUAGAUGUACUGACAUGAUUCUAGAGCACAAUGCUACUGGUGAAGAUGCACUGAGGGGAUGGCUGGUUGCCGCAUAUGCUUCAGCUAUGGAGAAAUCUUUUCAUGGCUCGAGGGAAAAUGUCCUGCAAGAGGCUUACGAGAAGAUGAAUGAUGUAUUCUGUCCAUUUCUAUCUGAGCUGCAGGCCAAAGGGUGGCAUACUGACCAGUUUCUUGAUGGUAGAGGAAGUCGUUUUGCCUUUUAGUAUCAUUCAAUUUCUGGUCGGACUUUACAUACAAUUUUGCGUUUUCUCUAGCUUCUGGCAACACCCUGUGGGCCUGUCGCCGAUGAUAUGAUGUUAAAGAAUGCAAGUAAAAACAUAACCAGCUGAGAUAAUUGUAGCAGAUGGCGUUUUCUCCUCUUGGGAAGGUUUGUUUGUAUAACAUAGUGAGUCAGACAUUUGGUUUUGGUGUAAAGGAGUGAAAUAUGUAAUGAAAACCGAUAGAUAUUCAAAUCUGAUUGCUAAACUUGAUAGCAUGUUUGACAGAAAGAAUAGCGAUAUGAAGCUCAUAAUCUCUACUCAUUGAUUGUAUCUAUCUAUAGUAUAAAUAAUCUGCCUUUUCUUUUCC